AUGUCUACGCCGAAAGAGACGAAGUCCCCACCGAGCGCGACAGUAUUCGGCCAAAAGCCAACAAAGCUCGCUGUCAAGAUCCUUCAAAGCAUCCUCACCAGCUAUGGACACAAGCUGAAAGCACAGGAGCUGAGAAGAGGCCUUCUUGAACAGGUUAUUUGUAUGGAGGACAAAAUUUCAACUAUCCAAUGGGACAAAUUCAGUUGCCCACUGGAUGGACGUCAACUUUCUGCCGAUGUUGUUAGGCCAUUCGAUACCCUUUGGGAGUUACAACCCAUUCGCAAUGAACCCAACUUCCGCUGGUGCGCCAACCCUAAAUGUGACUGGGGACACAUUCAUGACAGCGGACAAGCUGAGCCCAAAAUCACUUUCGAGAAAUGCUCGUCCCUGGCCUGUUUCACGCACCAGCGACCUUGGCACGAGGGACAAACUUGCAAAGAGUUCAACGAGCAACCGGACGCGGAACAGAAACAGCAGCUUGCAGCCUUGGAGAAAACUAUAAAGCAAACAUCAGCUCGGUGCCUAAAGUGUUCUCGACCGAUCACCAAAGUCGCUGGUUGCGGCUUUGUCACUUGCUUUUGUGGACACCCAUUUGACUGGAACGCUGCUGUGACCUCAAUCACGACUCAACUUUAAUAUACCGCAAUGGACAUCAUUUACCAUUAAAUCUUCAUCGCGGACGGGGAAGAGGCUCCUGCCGGAGGAAGGCCUUAAUUGGAGGCAUGAGAGUCCAGACAUAUCUUCGAGGUCAAAAGCAUAGACAGACGAGCAAUGGAGUGUCUCGUCAAAUCAACUUCCAAACCACCUAAG